AUGGUCGAACUCAUGGCCGCUGCGCCAAAUCAUAUGAGCGUCGCGAGAUCACGGGAGAUCCGCUGGAUCAAUGGUGAAGACAAUCCUGCAGACGCCUUCACCAAGGCAUCGCCAAACCGCGCUCUUGAACGCUUUAUUGACGGCAAUAAGCUGACAGUCCGAGUAGAGGGAUGGGUGCAGAGGCCGACAAGCUUUGAUGAGUUACUAGCUACCCAGAAAGAAAAGACUUCCAGUGUCGGAUCGUGA